GAUAUGACUGGAAUACUGUUAAAAGCGGCGUUAAGCCCAACUCACUCACUCACUCAAACAUCCGACUUACGACUAAGGAACCGUUGGGUGGUGAACCAGGUUGUUCUGGCUGGGCUGUAUCUGAUGACGUCUUCCAGACACCCGAGCUUCUGGCUCCUGUCGUGUCUCUACAUGAUGUCCGGGGGGAGCAGUGCAGCCUGGGUGGGGACCCUCAGUCUCAACCUGAAACCCACCGGCGUCACCCAGAAGCAGGCAGGCUGGAUCGGCUUCUACUCCUUUGUGACGAUGUGUGUCUCGGUUCUCCUCACAGCAAGACUGGGUGACAGGUUCCCCCGACACAUGAAGUGGUUCAUCUCAGGCCUCAGCCUCAUCACGGCCGGCUGCUUCCUACCCGUCACCAUGGCCAGCACUAAACUCCUCACCUUGUCACUCCCCAUGUUGUAUGGUUUGGUCAUCAUCGGCGUCGUGGCUGGCGGGUCAACUAUACCUCUUUUCUUUGAACUGGGUUGUGAACUCACCUAUCCUAUAGGGGAGGGGACAGCGAACGGCGUUCUCAACCUGUUCUACCAUAUAGGAGCGCUGACGUGUCUCCUGGCUUAUAUGAUACCACAGUUAGGGCGCGUGUGGCUAAACUGGGCUGUGGUUGUAACGUUUGCUGUGACAUCACCUCUUGUGUUGUUGCUGAAGGAGAGACAUCUCCGUCUUGAGGUAGACAGGUCUGUACAGGAGGACACAUCUCGGGUUAUAGAUCCAUCCCUGUCGUGAGCUUGCUGCUGUGUUGUUGCUGAAGGAGAGACACCUUACAGACCUGCUUAGAACUUGCUUCAUCAAUGUUGCUGUUCUUCACUGACUCGUUUCAAUAAAACUAUUU